GGAGGAGUGUUGGAGCUCGGGGCGCGGUGGUGGCAGUGGGGCGCGCGGGAGCGCUAGUCUCAAAAUAACCCGGCGUAUUUCGGUCGCGCCGCCCCCCGCGCCGGCUCGGCGGCGCCCGCGCACCGCUCGACGGCUCCGCACUAUCCGCUAACUAUUCGCAAUCGACCGACGUCUUGGAUGUUGGACUUGGGUUAUAAUGACUUGACUUCUGCUAAAUGAACCCGUGGACUAGUAUAAGUUUAUUGCAGUGGCGUAUUUAUUUGACGGGCGAGCCCCGACGGUUAAUCGAGAACUAGUCGAGUGAGAGUUUAGUGCGUGUGCUGCUGUGGCGGCGUGAUGGAGAAGUCGAGGUGGUCGGAGCAGCGCUCCGAACAGCGCUCCGAGCAGCGCAUGCAGCACUCGGAGCGGCACGAGCAAAGCGUGCAAUCUGUGCAGCAGGAGGAACGCGUGCAGCGCACCGAGCAUCACUAUACGCGCCAGAUGCUCACCCAGCAACGAGUAGAGAGCGCUGGAGACCGGCUGGCCAUCACUUCAGGCAGACCCGGUGAGCCCUCGCCGCCGAUAUUCGAGCAAAUCUUCAAAAAUGCGAGAUUUGCGCAAGGCGGUAAUGCAAAAUUCGAAGGAAAACUUAGGGGUAAUCCUACGCCAGUAGUUUCAUGGACGAGAAAGAAAGCACCAUUGGUAGAAUGUAAUAAAUAUAGUAUGAGCUACAACGAACAGACAGGUGAUGUGUCGUUACUUAUCAAGCAGAUAGGGCCUGGCGACGAGGGCGAGUAUACUUGUACAGCGCGCAAUCAGUAUGGCGAAGCCAUCUGCUCCGUAUACAUCCAGCCCGAGGGCGUGGCUAUGCCCGCGCAGCAGGCCUCCCAGCAGCAGAGUUAUCGACACGUUAGUGAGAGCGUCGAACACAAAUCCUACGGCACGCAAGGAUUCACAUCCGACCAGUCCCGACAGACUCAGAAAGUGGCUUACACUAACGGCACUUCUGACUAUUCCUCUUCAGAAGAUUUCAAAGUAGAUACGUUCGAAUAUAGACUCUUGAGGGAAGUAUCAUUCAGAGAGACUAUCACCAGAAGAUACGUGGGCGAAAGUGACAUUCAAAUGAGCACCGAAAUCGAUAGAACAUUAGGGGCCGUUGCCCCACCAAAGAUAGCUCAGAAGCCCAGAAACUCAAAACUCCAGGAAGGUGCCGACGCGCAGUUCAACGUACAGUUGUCGGGCAACCCCAGGCCACGGGUAACGUGGUUCAGAAAUGGGCAGAGGCUAGUUAACUCGAACAAAUAUGAAAUCAUAACUACACAUAACCAGACCACACUUAGAGUUAAGAAUACGCAAAAGUCUGAUUCGGGCCACUACACAUUAUUGGCUGAAAACCCCAAUGGAUGCAUUGUAACAUCAGCUUACCUUGCCGUAGAAUCGCCACAAGAAACUUACGUGCAGGAUCACAAAUCACAAUAUAUUAUGGAUACUCAGCAAACAGAGACUGAAGAAAGAGUAGAAAUAGUUGAGAAAGCUCUCGCUCCGCAAUUCGUUAAGGUCUGCCAAGAUCGAGAUGUAACAGAAGGGAAAUUGACGCGAUUCGAUUGCCGCGUCACGGGCAGACCUUACCCUGAAGUCACGUGGUUCAUUAACGAUAGACAAAUCCGAGACGAUUGUAAUCAUAAGAUAUUAGUAAACGAGUCAGGUAAUCAUGCGCUUAUGAUAACAAACGUCGAUCGAAGUGACAGCGGUGUAGUCACGUGUGUCGCCCGCAACAAGAGCGGCGAGACAUCCUUCCAGUGCCGACUGAACGUCAUCGAGAAGGAGCAAGUGGUAGCCCCCAAGUUCGUCGAACGUUUCAGCACGCUAAGCGUACGUGAAGGCGAACCUGUGGCGCUGAAUGCACGAGCAGUUGGCACACCUACACCGCGGAUCACAUGGCAGAAGGACGGCGUUCCGAUUAUACCCAAUCCAGAAUUACGAAUUAAUACCGAUGGUGGGACCUCGACACUGGACAUCCCUCGAGCCAAGGCGUCGGAUGCGGCAUGGUAUCAGUGCACCGCCCAGAACGUCGCAGGUUCCACCGCCACUCGGGCAAGGCUCUACGUGGAAGUUCCCAAGGAGCCUCCGCCCGAACAAAAGCGUCUGCACUUACCGCGGCCAACAAGGAUAAUCGAACCAGAGCCUGCUCCUGGACCAGAGAUUAUUUACUUAAGGCACGUGGAAAGGGCACGACCUUAUGUUCCUCCGGGUGAGGAAGACCGAGUUUAUCCUCCACCACAGUUUAUCGUGCCAUUGAAGAGUGUAUCACAGAUGGAAGGUGGCAAGGUUCACUUUGAAACGAGAAUAGAACCGGUCGGCGACCCAACGAUGAAGAUAGAAUGGUUGAGAAAUGGACAAAGUAUCGAAGCUAGUUCAAGAUUCACGUCAAUAUUCAAGUUUGGAUACAUUUCUCUAGAUAUGCUCAGUCUUAACAUUCAAGAUAGUGGAGAAUACACAUGCCGAGCUGUCAGUGCAACCGGUAUGGCCGAGACUAAAGCAAUGUUGCAAGUUACACCUAGAGCAACUAUUGAAAGGACUAGCCAACACCCGGAAAGUCUUCAAUAUAUUCAACAAUUAGAAGAUUACUCUAGAUAUCAGCACCAAGAGUCGGUUGAAGAAAAUAUUUCACAGAGGCCUCAAUUUAUCAGGCCUUUGCAAGAACUUGGUGAACUCCAAGAAGGCAGAAACGCUCACUUUGAAGCUCAAUUGACGCCGGUCAGCGACUCGCACAUGAGAGUGGAGUGGUACAAAGACGGACGUCCGAUUACAGCCAGCUCGCGAAUCACGUCAAUCUUCAACUUCGGUUACGUCUCCCUUAACAUCAUGCACCUACGGGCUGAAGAUGCAGGUUCGUACACAGUUAGAGCUGUAAACAAACUGGGCGAAGCCGUCAGCACCGCUUCGAUCAAAGUAGCGGCAAGGAGCACGGUCACCUCAGAUCUCGGCAUACCAGAGCAAAGACGCUAUAUAGAAAAAACAGAACAAUUAGAAGCAUAUCAGCAACAGCAACAUGUUAAAUAUUAUCAAGAAGUACCUGAAAGUACACAACGACCAGAAUUCAAAACACCUAUUAAAGAUCAGCUGAACGUUAAGGAAGGUGGAUUUGCCCAUUUCGAAGCUCGUCUCGAGCCGGUGGGCGACUCUACCUUGAGGGUAGAAUGGUUAAAGGACGGACGUCCUGUAGAAGCCAGUUCAAGAAUAACGACAUUCUUCAACUUUGGAUAUGUAGCACUAACAAUUAAGUCGGUGACUGUACAUGAUGUUGGUCAUUACACCUGCCGAGCCUACAAUGCUCUCGGACAGGCUACUACUAGUGCCCAGUGCACUAUUGUAACCAAGAAAGAUAUUAUUGCGGAAUCGCAACACCCAGGAGGUCUCGAGAAGAUUCAACAUCUAGAGGAUACAAGCAGAUACACUAAGCGAUCUGAAGAAGAAGUGAGAGUAGCACAGAAACCUCGCUUCCUAGGACCUUUGAAAGGCACAAAUAAAAUUGUAGAAGGGCAAAGUGCCCAUUUCGAAGCGAGAGUGGAGCCUCAGAGUGACUUGACUAUGUCUGUGGAAUGGUAUUUCAAUGGAAAGCAAAUCAAACAAGCUAACCGUACUCAGACUUACCACGACUUCGGAUACGUUGCGUUAGAUAUAUCCAGCGUUCGAGCUGACGAUUCCGGAACGUACACUGUUGUAGCUCGCAACGCUGCUGGAGAAGCUCAGUUGACCACUUCAAUGGUAGUAGAAACACGGUCCAGUAUUGAUACAUCAAGUAUUCAUCGUGGCCUAUACGAGAAAACACGCCACCUUGAAGAGUCUAAAUUUGUGGAACCAAUGUAUCAAAUUGAAGAAAUUUCAAAGUCGAAACCCAUUUUCGUACAGCCGCUAUCAGAUCCAGCGCCUGUAUCAGAAGGUAAAAAUAUCCAUCUCGAAUGCAGAUUGGAACCUAUGGGUGAUCCUACAAUGAGAGUCGAAUGGUUCCACAAUGGAAGGGCUGUGACCGUCGGUUCCAGAUUUAAGACUUAUUAUGACUUUGGUUUUGUGGCACUAGACAUUAUUCACGCUACAUCUACUGACACCGGUGAAUAUACAGUAAGAGCAGUCAACCACUUAGGCUCAGCUCACACCUCAGCGCUGGUACGAGUCAUCGAAAGAUCAGAUAUUCUGACUGAGACUCAGAACGAACAAGCUGUCGAACAAAUUCAAAUGCUCGAGGAUGCUGCUCGCAGAAGUAGGCAAGUUCAAGAAGACAUAACAGUAAUGCAGGCACCACAAUUUUCAAGAUCGCUGCACAACAUUGAAACCAUUGAGGGAACAAACGUACAUCUGGAAUGUCGAUUGCAACCAGUUGGCGACCCGACCAUGAGAGUGGAUUGGUUCUGCAAUGGCAGACCGAUUAAGACUGGCCACAGAUUUAGACCAGCUUAUGAAUUCGAUUAUGUAGCUCUUGAUCUCUUAAGCGUGUACCCCGAAGAUUCCGGAGUUUACACUUGCCAGGCAACAAACCAGCUCGGUGAAACUGUUACUUCUUGUGCGCUACGCGUUAUUGCAAAGAAGGACCUUAUUUUUGAGUCACAGCAUCCAUCAGGCCUCGAGAAGAUUCAGUACCUCGAAGAUGCUUCUCGUUAUAAGAAGUCCGAAAUGAUUGACGAGACUAUUAAUAUCAAACCACAAUUUGUGACUAAGCCCAAAUCAAUAGAAAAUGUCGUAGAAGGGCAUAACGUCCACUUCGAGUGUAAAUUGGAACCAGUAACUGAUUCUAAUCUAAAAGUGGAAUGGUUUAAGAAUGGUCAACCCGUUACUAUUGGACACCGGUUCAGACCAAUUCACGACUUUGGUUAUGUAGCCUUAGAUAUCAUUGACUUAAUUGCAGAAGACUCCGGAGUAUACACCUGCAGAGCAGUUAAUCAUGUCGGAACCGACGAAGUCAGCUGUAGGCUUUCUUGCCGUGGAACAGCAGACAUUAUUAGGGGUACACAAAACGAAGCCGGCCUGGAACAGAUUCAGCAUCUAGAAGAUCGAACUAAAUAUCACAGAUCAGACAUGGUCGAUGAAAUUACAACCCAGGCACCUAUUUUCACAACAUCGCUGAAGAAUAUUGAAAUCAAGGAAGGUCAGCGUGCGCAUUUCGAAUGUAGAUUGAUUCCAGUUUCUGAUCCUACCAUGAAAGUUGAAUGGUACCAUAACAACAGGCCUCUUAAGAGUGGUUCCAGGUUCACGGAGACCAACAACUUCGGGUUUGUUGCUCUCGACAUCAUGUCUUGUUUACCAGAGGACUCUGGAACUUACACUUGCAGAGCUAUCAAUGCACUGGGUGAAGCCGUUACCUCUGGAAUUGCUAUUGUACAUUCCAAGAAAUCAAUUUAUUUGGAGUCACAGCAUGAAGGAGCUUUGGGUAGGCUCAACCAGCUAGAAGAUACAUCAAGAUACCAGAGGCACAGUGCCCAAGAUGAAUUUAUAACUCAGGCUCCGGUAUUUACAAUGCCCAUGAAAGAUAUUAAGGUAGCCGAAAACCAGGCUGCACACUUUGAAGCUAGGCUUAUUCCUGUAGGUGACCCGAAACUUCGAGUUGAAUGGUUGCGCAAUGGGGUCCCUAUCGAAGCUUCUAACCGCUUGACGACAAUGCAUGACUUCGGGUACGUCGCUCUAAAUAUGAAAUACGUUAACCCUGAGGACUCUGGAACUUACACUUGCCGGGCUAUAAAUGAGCAGGGUGAGGCUGUGACAUCCUCGACCUUGUUCGUACAAUCAAAAGCAUCACUCCAAUUUGAAUCACAACACGAAAGUGCCUUAGAAAAGAUUCAACAACUGGAAGGCGCAACCCGUUACCAGCGCAGAGAGGAAGUUGAUAUUGCUAUCAACCAGGCGCCUAGAUUUGUUACUCAACUUAACGGACCUUCAAAACUAGUUGAGAGCCAAAGCGCUCAUUAUGAGUGCAGAAUCGAGCCAUACCCAGACCCGAACAUGCGCGUCGAAUGGUACUUCAACGGCAAGGUCCUUCAGAGUGGUCAUCGCUACCGCACUUCGUAUGAUUUUGGUUUCGCAGCUCUUGACAUCCUUCAAGUAUACGGUGAAGAUUCUGGCGAGUACACAUGCAAAGUCAUCAAUAACUUGGGCCAAGCUACUUCUUCAAUCAAGUUAAGCGUUCAAUCUAAGGAAUCUAUAAUCAGAGACACGCAACACGAAAGCGCACUGGAGAAGAUACAAUACCUCGAGGACGAGAGCAGAAAUAAGCGCAUCGUCCGCGAUGAGAGUUUUGUGGCUGAGAAGCCUCAGUUUGGCAAACCACUCAAAAAUAUUCAUGUGGCUGAGGGCCACCCAGUCCACCUGGAAGCAACACUUACACCAGUCAACGAUCCAACCAUGCGUGUAGAGUGGUAUUGCAACGGCAGGCCGGUCGCACAGGGCCAUAGAUUCAAGACUACGUACGACUUUGGUUAUGUGGCACUUGAUGUUCUUUAUGCUUAUUCCGAAGACACCGGCACUUAUAUGUGCAAGGCUACAAAUGCCGUCGGUGAAGCAGUUACUACAAGCUCGGUAAAAGUUGAUGCUAAAGCUGGUCUUUACCUCGAUACCUUGGAUGAGCAAAGGUUGAAAAAAAUACAAGAACUUGAACGAUUUGAAAGACCGAAAGCGGUUGAAGAGGAAAAACCUGGUCAACGACCGGUGUUCCUUACGGCUCUAACUAGUCUAGAACAUUUGAAAGAAGGAGAUAGGGCUCACUUUGAAUGUAGAGUUGAGCCAAUUAACGAUCCCGAUUUGGAAAUCGAGUGGUUCCUUAACGGUAAAAAGAUUAGAGCUGGUCACAGAUAUAGAACGACUCAUGACUUUGGUUAUGUCGCUUUAGAUAUUCUUUAUACUUAUUCUGAAGACUCUGGCACUUACAUGUGCAAAGCUACCAACAAGCUGGGUGAAGCGGUUAACACUUGUACUAUGAAGGUUGCAGGUCAUAGAAGUAUCAUCCUGGACACGCAACAUCCCAAUGGCCUUGAGAAGAUUAGGCAAUUAGAGGCACAAGGUCAUCACACCAGGAUGGAAAUUGAAGAGCCCACGAUCAGUGUACCUAGGUUCGUCACUGAGCUUAGAGGAACAACUCAUGUAUAUGAAGGCCAAACUGCGCAUUUCGAAUGCCAGGUUGAGCCCAUUCAUGAUCCCAACUUGCGUAUUGAAUUUUAUCAUAAUGGUAAAGCCCUGCAAUCUGCCUCACGGUUCCAUAUCACUUUUGAUUUUGGUUAUGUGUCUUUGGAUAUCCAGCACUGUGUGCCAGAAGAUGCAGGUGAAUAUUCUGUAAAAGCAAUUAACGCUCUCGGACAGUGCACGUCCGCCAUAUCCAUGACAGUAACCGCAAAAGGCAGUAUUAUAAUGGAAUCACAACGUCCCGAGGGUCUGGAAAAGAUCCGGGAACUAGAAUCUGUGGAGCCGUUCAAGCGGCCUGAAAUUCCAGAACCGGUCACAAGGCAAAGACCCGUAUUUACUCAGCCACUUCAGAACAUUGAUAACAUACAAGAAGGACAAACAGCACACUUUGACUGCCGCCUUAUCCCAGUCGGGGAUCCGACUCUUAAGGUGGAAUGGUUCAGAAACGAGAAGCUCAUCGAAGAUAGCUCCAGGAUCACUAAGACCCACGAUUUUGGUUACGUAUCAAUGACUAUUACUCACGUGCGUGACGAAGACGAGGGCGUGUACAUGUGCAGAGCCUCAAACCUAUUAGGAGAGGCAGUUACAACUGCUGCCAUGAAAAUUAAGACUAAGGCAGCCAUCCAAAUGGAAACUCAACAUCCCGAGGGUAUGAAAAAGAUUCAACGUCUUGAAGAGCCUUCACAGAGAAGACCUGAUGAACCUGAGAGAGAGUUUGAAAAGCCCAUCUUUACUCAAGUUCUCACAGGGCCUUCGGAGUUGUGGGAAGGACAGCAUGCUCACUAUGAAGCGCGCGUGGUGCCAGUAGGCGAUCCUAGCCUUCGAUUUGAGUGGUACAUCAAUGGUGUUGAACUUAAAAUGGGAUCAAGAUUCCGUACAACGCAUGACUUUGGUUUUGUAACUCUGGACAUCAAUUCCGUUGUCGCGGCAGACGCUGGUUUAUACAUGUGCAAAGCUAUCAAUAGAGCGGGUAGCACAGUGUCUUCGACAUCCCUAAAAGUUAAAACAAAGUCUACUAUUGUUGACCAAGCAAUGCGCCCAGAAUCUUGGGAACAGAUUCAACUUAAAGAAGCUGCAAUGAAUAAGGUUCCUGAAAUGUUUAUAGACUCCGGUGUUCAACAAGCGCCGAUCUUCACUACUCACUUAAAGAGUUACGACAAACUCGUUGAAGGUCAACAUGUGUACCUCGAAGCUCAGGUGGAACCACGCACCGACCCGAACUUAAGGAUAGAAUGGUUUAAAAAUGGAAUGUCAUUAACAACAGGUUCGAGAAUCAAGAGCACAUUUGACUUUGGCCUAGUGACACUGUCCAUUAAUGGUAUUAGAAUCGACGAUUCAGGUAUUUAUACAUGCAAAGCAACAAAUCUAAUGGGAGAGGCAGUUUCUACUUCGUCAAUUAAAAUUGAAGACCGUCAUUGGCUCCUUGGAGAAACCCUUCAUCCUGAAUCAUUGGAUAGGAUUGGGGCCUUGGAGCAACCUAAAGCUGCCAAACCAGAAUCUCCUGAGCCAACUUACGAGAUCCCAGUGUUUAUCUCUCAUUUAAAUAAUAUCGUUUGCAAAGAAGGUGAUAACAUUCACUUCGAAUGCAAUGUCGAGCCAUCUAGAGAUCCUACACUGAAGAUUGAAUGGUUCUUCAACAAUAAACCACUUCCUUCAGGUACCAGGUACAAGGCAACGCAUGACUUCAGUUAUGUGUCAUUAGACGUCACACACACGUACGAAGAAGAUUCUGGAAUCUACACUUGCAAGGCUACUAAUAGCAAGGGUUCGGCUACUACAUCUGGUUCUUUGAGAUGUACUGGAGAUAAACAUAUUUACCUUGAUACACAACAUCCUCAGGGCAAAUCUGGUUUGGAAGCCGUAGAACAGGCCGAAGAGGCCAGACAAGCAAAGGGUAGACGAUCCUCCGUACCUGACGCAGACUAUCCUAAGCCCGAGUGGGUCGUCCCUGUGGCUGCUGAGCAUCAAUUAGUCGAGGGUCAAUCACUUCACCUUGAGGGCCAAGUUGAACCAAAGAAUGACCCUAAUCUGAAAAUUGAAUGGUAUUUCAAUGGUAAAGCAUUACAACAGGCCUCGCGGUUCAAACUAACUAGUGAUUUCGGAUUUGUGACAUUAGAUUUAAUUGAUGUAUAUGAAAGAGACAGUGGUAUUUACACAUGUAAGGCUUUCAACAAAAAAGGAGAAGCAUUUACCUCAUCGACCGUCUUCUGUACCAGCAAGGCUAACCUUAUUGAAGGAACACAACAUCCAAAGGGAACUGAAGGACUUGAAAAGAUUCAAAACCUUGAGGACUCUCUUCGAAGAGAACCCGGGCAGAAGCCUGAUGACGAUACUGGAAGGGCUCCUGAAUUCACAACGGUAUUCCAAGAUAUAGUAGAUAUUAGCGAGGGACAGAUUGCCCAUUAUGAGGCUUCACUGAUACCGACUGGUGACCAAACGAUGGUCAUCGAAUGGUUCUACAAUGGAAAAACAAUUGAAGCGAGUCACCGUAUUAGAACCGUAUACGCUUUUGGUAUGUGUGUUCUUGAAAUUUUAGGCACCAAGACUACUGACUCUGGCACAUACUCUUGCCGUGCUACUAACAAGUGGGGACAAGCUGAAAUCAGUGUUAAACUGGAGUGCGUAGAUAAGAGCAAGGGACAAAAACCGAGAUUCACUACACAUAUUCAAAAUGUCGAGGGCUUGAAAGACGGGCAAUCGGCUCAUUUCGAAUGUACGGUAAUACCUGUCGACGAUCCCGACAUGAAGAUUGAAUGGUAUCACAAUGGUCAACUUUUGCGUCAUUCUACAAGGAUCAAGACAGUAUCUGAUUUCGGAUUUGUCGUGAUGGACAUAGCGUACACGCAGAACCACGAUGCUGGAGAAUACGUUUGCCGUGCGUACAACAAAUAUGGCGAGGACUUCACCAAAGCUACAAUAAGUUGCUACAGUAGAAGCGGAGUUUACUUGGAGAGCUUGCAGCCUGAUUCGCUAGCGAAAAUCAGAGAGUUGGAGAAUUUGCACGGCGCGCAGCAACAAGCACCUUCCACUCCGUCUGCUGAGCCACCGAAGUUCCUCACACAAAUUCAAGACGUAACUAAACUGGUAGAGGGCCAGAGUGCUCACUUCGAAGCGAGAUUGGUACCUGUUGAUGACCCAGACCUUAAAGUUGAAUGGUUUUAUAACGGCAAGAAACUUCCCCAUGGACAUAGGUAUAGAACAUUCCAUGACUUUGGCAUCGUUAUAUUGGAUAUAUUAUACUGCUACGAAGAAAAUUCUGGUGUGUACGAGUGUGUUGCGACCAACAAAUUGGGCCGUGAUUCAACUAAGGCUACGCUCAAAUGCACAUCAAAAGAGAACUUGAUCUUGGACUCGCAACUCCCGCGGGGCAUGGAAGGUGGCUUAGAAAAGUUACAAACGUUGGAAGACUCGAUGAUACGAAGGAAAGAUACCGAUGUUCAGGAGGAAAGAGGAAAGGCUCCCGUAUUUACUGUACCUCUAUCUAAUAUCGAAAACCUUCGAGAAGGAGAAAACGCUCACUUUGAGGCUCGUCUUACGCCAACUGAUGAUCCUAACCUUAAAGUUGAAUGGUACUGGAACGGUAAAUCACUAAAGGCUGGCUCGAGGUUCAGGACGUUCUGUGAUUUCGGAUUUGUUAUUCUAGAAAUCUCGCCGACUUAUCCAGAAGACUCUGGUGAAUAUUUAUGCCGAGCUUACAACAAUUAUGGCGAAGCUGUAACUACGGCUACUAUGAAGGUGCAAGGCAAGCGCAAUAUCAUCCUUGAAUCGCAAUUGCCCAAAGGCAUGGAAGGCACUAUUGAUAAGAUAGCAGCGCUCGAAGGAUACACUGGCACAGUAGACUCGAUGUCACCUGAGGUGGAGAGCGGAAACCCGCCAGAAUUCAUAACCACUCCUUCUGAUCUCAUUUUGACUGAGAAUUCUUCAGCUCACUUUGAAUGUCGAUUGGUACCAAUUAAUGAUUCUAGCAUGAGAGUGGAAUGGUACCACAACGGAAAACCGUUAUUAACUGGUUCUAGAGUAAAGACCAUCAACGAUUUCGGUUUUGUCAUUCUGGAAGUUGGCGGAGUUUAUCAGAGAGAUGCUGGUUUAUAUACUUGCAAGGCUACAAACCGUCACGGUGAGGCGACCGUCUCAUGUAAACUGCAAGUCAAGGGUAGACAAGGCAUUGUUCUUGAACCUCAACUGCCAUCUCACUUCAAAUCAGGCACUGAGAGUAUUCAAAGGCUUGAAGAAACUUUGCACAAGCGCGAGGAGAUUAUGUCCGAAGACGAAAAACCAAACCCACCGAGAUUCACUGUGGAAAUCAAGGAUAACGUCGAUGUUCCUGAGGGUGGACCAAUCCAUUUCGACUGCCGCGUAGAACCUGUCGGGGACCCAACAAUGAGAAUUGACUGGUUCUUCAACGGCAGGCCAUUUGCAACUGGCUCUCGCGUACACAUGCUUAAUGAUUUUGGUUUUAUUGCUCUAGAUAUCGAUUAUAUCUACGCACGUGAUGCUGGUGAAUAUACCUGCCGUGCCACUAACAGGUGGGGCUCUGCCACCACUACGGCAAGAAUUACAUGCAGCGCCAAACGCGAUAUUGUUUUAGAGUCGCAGCUACCACAAGGCAUGAGUGGCGAGAAAAUCAAAGAGCUUGAGAAAGGUCGCGUGAGCGAUGUUCCCAAAGACGAGCCUGUGGUCAGCUCUCCGCCCAAAUUCAUUACUCAGAUACAAAGUCAUACCGUAGAAGAAUCAGAAGGUGUACGAUUUGAAUGCCGCGUAGAGCCCAAAGAAGAUCCAAAACUAAGAAUUGAAUGGUAUCGCAAUGGUAAACUGUUACCCAGUGGCCACAGGUACCGCACCGUGUACGACAUGGGAUUUGUGUCGCUUGACAUUCUAUAUGUAUAUGCUGAAGAUUCUGGAGAGUACAUGUGCAGAGCUGUUAAUGAUUUCGGCGAAGACUUCACAAAGGGCACCGUUUCGUGCAAACAGCUGCCAGAUAUAAUUCUCCAGAACCAAGUACCUCGAGGAAUGAAGAAAUCUGAAGCAUUGACUCAAAUGGAGGCUACAAUCAAGAAAUAUACAUCUGAAAUAUUCUUAACUGAAGAUGACUUGUACGACGCUGAUAAGAAACAGCCUCCGCGAUUUGUGACACAGAUUCAAAGCCAAACUUCUCUAAUUGAAAUGGAGACAACCAAAUUCGAAUGCCAACUGGCCCCUGUUGGAGAUCCUAAUAUGAAAGUAGAAUGGUUAUUUAAUGGCAAACCGCUACUUCAUAAGAAUCGCUUUACACCGAUUUACGACUUCGGUUACGUCGCAAUGAAUUUCGGAUGGGUGUAUCCCGAAGACAGCGGUGAAUACGUCUGUCGGGCCACCAAUCUCUACGGCAUGGACGAAACCCGAGCUAUAAUCAAGACCGCUGGCAAACCUGGCAUCGUUUACGACUCACAACUACCAAAGCACAUGAAGAGUAUCGAGAAAAUCAGAGAGAUGGAAGCGUCGUGGCAAGUAGCUCCCGAGCAAGCAAUUGAAAUGGAGAAAGCCCGCUCUCCGCCAGUGUUUGUCAGUCGUCCGGACCCGGUAACCGUCGAGGAAGGCGAGUGGGCAAGAUUCUGCUGCCGUGUUACGGGACACCCGAAACCGAGGGUUAUGUGGCUUCUUAACGGAAACACAAUCGUUAACGGAUCAAGAUACAAGCUGACUUAUGAUGGAAUGUACCACUUCGAUAUUCCAAAGACGCGUCAGUACGACACAGGAAAAAUUGAAGUGGUUGCCAGAAGCUCAGCCGGCGAAGCGGUUGCAACAAGUGAACUUAAGGUUAUUCCGAGACACGAUGACUACAGAGGCGUUCUGAAAAACGCUCCCCGACCUUGGUAUGAUGAAACGACACAAUAUCAACGUACUGAAACUGAAUUGGAGAAAACUUUCGAAGAGAGACAUACACAGCAACGCCAGGGUACCAUUGACCAUAGACCCGAAUUGAAACCGAAAUUGCACAAAGAACCCGAAACUGAGUGGCAACAAUCCGUAAAGAAGAAGAAGAGUGAGGAAUACUACAACAAACUCCAUGAGUUAGAGAAUGAACAAGUUGUAAAGGAAAGCCGGCUGCGAGAAUCGACACACCAGUACGCUAUCCCCGGGGAGAAGGUUGUGAAUGCUUCCGUUGCUAAGGGAAUGGCACAGAAAUAUCAAGAUACUUUGGAGGAGUCUGAACAAGUGGUUGAACAGAAACAAGUGACUCAAAAGAAAGUUGUCCAAAAGCCGAGAAUUCCUGAUCCAUCCGAGUCAACCGUUCACGGAAAGGAAGUGCAUGUAGCUAAACAGAAACAGGUACAGAAAGAGGUGGUCGGUGACACAGAAAUCACACGUAAAAUCACAUCCACUGAGACGACUGAGGUUGAACACAAGGCCAAAACUCAAGAAAGGGUAGUAGAAGGUCCAGUCAAGCCUAGCAAUCCACCAGUUUUCACCAAGAAGAUGCAACCCUGCAGAGUAUUUGAACAGGAACAGGCUAGGUUUGAGGUCGAGUUCGACGGCGAUCCACUUCCUACCAUCAAAUGGUACAGAGAGAACUUCCCGAUCAAGAAUUCGGCAGAUUUUCAGAUUCAUACUUUCAGCACUAAGUCUAUUCUUAUAAUAAGACGAGUUUUCAUUGAAGAUUCGGCCGUAUUUGCUGCUGUUGCUGAAAACAGAGGUGGGACAGCUAAAUGCAGCGCAAAUCUUGUAGUUGAAGAACGCAGGAGGCAAGGCCGAGGUGGCAUCAGCCCACCCAGUUUCACAUUGACGGCCCAGAACGUUAAUGUGACUUCUGGUCAGCUAGUAAGAUUCGACACCAAGGUGACAGGAACCAAACCUAUUGAUGUUUACUGGUUGAAAAAUGGACAGAAAGUUCAACCCGACAUAAGAAACAAAAUUUUGGAAGAGGACGGAACCUACACUCUUCUGAUUCUUGAGGCGUAUCCUCAAGAUUCUGGAAAAUACGAAUGCGUAGCUAUUAACACUGCUGGAGAAGCAAGAUGCGACGCUGAAUGCUACGUCAACGCUCCUGCCACGAAAGAUAAACCAAAACCUCAAACUAAAGCUGCAAAUGCACCUCCGGAAGUUAUUGAGCCGCUGAAAGACAAAGUUGUUGCUGAGGGACAAGCUAUCGAAUUUAGCUGCAAAAUUAUUGGAAAGCCGACACCUACAGUUCAAUGGUACAAGGGAGAUAAGCUAAUUAAACCAUCGAAGUACUUCCAAAUGUCUAGGGCAGCGGACGAGUACACACUACGUAUAUCUGAGGCUUUCCCUGAAGAUGAAGGGGAUUAUAAGUGUGUGGCCUUUAAUUCUGGUGGACGAAUAACUGCCGCUGCAAAACUGAAAGUUUCCCAGCCAGAUCAAGCUGACGCCUUGCCGACGCUGACACCACUACGUGAUGUCACUGUAAAUGAGGGGCAGCCGGCGCAGUUCAAGACUGUCAUUACAAACAAGGUCAAACCAACUAUUCAAUGGCUACGUGAAGGCGCAAAAAUUCCGGAAACUCCCGAUUUUCAGAUGAUCCACGAGGGCAACAAUGCUGUGCUGCUCAUCGGAAACACGUACGAGGAGGAUACCGGAAUCUUUACUUGCCGGGCGAUCACCUCCGCGGGCCAGGUCGAGACCUCGGCAAAACUAGUCGUCAAAAAAUCCCGAACAGUUAUUUCACGAAAAACGUUCCAAGAAAAAACUGAUGUUGAUCAAUUUACGGUCGAUCAAAAAACAACGACCAGCAAAUCAUUAUAUCAGUCAACAGAAGAAUCAAAUAUUUUACGACUUGAAAACGUACAAGAUGUUGAAACUAAAACUACCACCGUUCCCUGGCGCACCAAGAGAGUGAUUGAAGAAUUGAAAACAGAAGAAACUUUGGAAACUGUAAAUUGGCGUAAAUCAAAGCCGCAGGUACGGGAAGAACAAACUUCUAUGCAGCAGGUGAUUUUUACCGAAGAUGCAAAUAUAUUGACUGUUGAUAACAAAGAACUUAUUGACAAAACGAAGGUAAUCGAAACAAGGCACUGGAGAAAACCUAAACAUCAGGACAUACAGCAAAUCGAAACGACAUCUGAAGAUAGUAAUAUACUAGCAGUUGACAAAACAAUGGUCACAAGCGAAACCGUUAAACAAGAACAACUUGAGAGUAAACAUUGGCGUCGACCAAGAUCGGAACCCAAAGUAGAUACAAAUGUACCAGAAGCAGAACCACAAGAACCAACCAAGCGACGGUCAUCAGCUUUCCAAGAGCAAAAACCUGAAACUGUACCGUGGACUCAAGAGAGCAUCAAAUUACGUAAAACUAAAGUAGAUAAGAAAGAAAUAGAAAGAGAAAAAAUAGAAGACGUUACAUUAAAACAAGUUCGAAAAACGGCUACACAGGAUACUAUCGAAAAAACAGUCAUCGAAGAUUCUAAAUCGGAAGUUAUGGAAAAACUUGAAACCAAACAUUUGAAAAAACCUCGAACACAGGAAGUUCCUAAGCAUGUUGAGGAUUAUACUUCAUCUGAGGAUGCCAACAUACUAGUAAUUGAUAAAACAAUUGAAACCGCUGAAAGCGUAAACCAGGAUUCACUCGAGACAAAACAUUGGCGCAAGCCUCGUUCUGAACCUAAACAAGAGGCAGAUGUACCCGAAGAACAAACUCAAGCACCAAUAAGACGAAGAUCAUCAGCAUUCCAGGAGCAAAAGCCAGAGGCUGUGCCGUGGACUCAAGAAAGCAUAAAAUUGCGCCCAACACAAGUUGAAAAGAGAGAAAUAGCAAAAGAAAAGUUUGAAGAUAUUACAUUAAAACAAGUGAAAAAACCUUCGGUGGCAACCUUGCUCGAACAAGAUGAGAAGAACACUGUUGGUAGAAUUAUCACCGAAGACACAGAAAUUCUGCACGUCGAUAAAUCAGAAGUCAGUCAACAAGAGGAUAUUGAGCAUCGAAGAAAACCUCGCACAAAGGAAGUAAGUAAGCAUGUCGAAAAUAUCAUUUCGACUGAAGAUACUAACAUACUUGCAAUCGACGAAACAGUUGAUAUAUCUGAAGAUGUAAAAUCGGAACCACUAGAAACUAAACAUUGGCGUAGACAACGAUCUGAACCUAAACAGGACGUAGAUGUACAGGAAGCACAACCACGAGGGCCAACAAGGCGGAGAUCAUCUGCUUACCAGGAGCAAAAGCAAGAAACUGUACCCUGGACACAAGAAAGCAUAAAAUUACGCCCAACAAAAGUAGAAAAGAAAGAAAUAACAAAAGAAAAAUUAGAAGAGGUUACACUAAAACAGAGAAAGAUGUCCGUAGAGACACUCGUAAUAGAAGAGUCCUUAACACGCGAAGAAGACACUGUUAUAUUAAAAAUACCAGCUGACAAAAUAACUGACGAUGAUGUUGCACUUAAACCCAUUACCAUACAAAAAGUAAAGCAAGAAAAACCUACCGAAGAAGAUCAACCUGAGGAGGUUUCACAGCGCGGUAAAAGACGGCCAAAAAAAGAACAGCCAUCUGAAGAUGUGGUGCUUAAACCAGUACCUAAACAAAAGCUUCCCGCAGAAGAGGAGAAACCAGAAGAAGUACAACUUAAGCCAAUCAAAAAAGAAAAACCGAUUGAAGAGAUAAAAUCAGACGAGGUAUCUUGGCGAGGAAAACGAAAGCCGAAAGAGGAACAGCCAGCUGAAGAAGUUGUACUCAAACCAGUACCUAAACAGAAGCCUGUAAAGGAAGAGAAGAAACCAGAAGAAGUGCUACUUAAGCCGAUCAAAAAAGACAAACCUGAUGAAGAAGCACAGCCAGAGGAGAUAUCAUGGCGAGGCAAACGGAAGCCAAAAGAAGAACAGCCAGCUGAAGAAGCUGUACUUAAACCGGUACCUAAACAGAAGCCUGUAGAGGAGGAGAAGAAACCAGAAGCAGUGCAACUUAAGCCAAUCAAAAAAGACAAACCUGUUGAAGAAGCACAGCCAGAGGAGGUAUCAUGGCGAGGCAAACGGAAGCCAAAAGAAGAACAGCCAGCUGAAGAAGCUGUACUUAAACCGGUACCUAAACAGAAGCCUGUAGAGGAGGAGAAGAAACCAGAAGCAGUGCAACUUAAGCCAAUCAAAAAAGACAAACCUGUUGAAGAAGCACAGCCAGAGGAGGUAUCAUGGCGUGGCAAACGGAAGCCAAAAGAAGAUCAGCCAGCUGAAGAAGUUGUGCUUAAACCGGUACCUAAACAGAAGCCUGUAGAAGAAGAAACAAAACCGGAAGAAGUGCAACUUAAACCAGUGAAAAAAGACAAGUCAAAACCCGUUGAAGAAGUUCAGCCGGAAGAAGUUUCUUGGCCUACCGGCAAAAGGCGACCUAAGGAAGAACAGCCUGUGGAAGAAGUUCUACUCAAACCAGUGCCUAAACAAAAGCCUAUCGAAGAAGAGGCUCAGCCGGAGGAGGUAUCAUGGCGAGGCAAACGGAAGGCGAAAGAAGAACAGCCGGCUGAAGAAGUUGUUCUUAAACCGGUACCUAAACAGAAGCCUGUAGAGGAAGAGAAGAAACCAGAAGAAGUGCAACUUAAGCCAAUCAAAAAAGAAAAACUGAUUGAAGAGACACAACCAGAGGAAAUAUCUUGGCGAGGCAAACAGAAGUCAAAAGAAGAACAGCCAGCUGAGGAAGUUGUACUUAAACCGGUACCUAAACAGAAGCCUGUAGAGGAAGAGAAAAAACCAGAAGAAGUGCAACUUAAGCCAAUCAAAAAAGAAAUACCGAUAGAAGAGAAACAACCAGAGGAAGUAUCAUGGCGAGGCAAACGGAAGCCAAAAGAAGAACAGCCGGCUGAAGAAGUUGUACUUAAACCGGUACCUAAACAGAAGCCUGUAGAAGAAGAGAAGAAACCUGAGGAAGUGCAACUUAAGGCAAUCAAAAAAGAAAAACCGAUAGAAGAGACACAACCAGAGGAGGUAUCACGGCGAGGCAAACGGAAGGCGAAAGAAGAACAGCCGGCUGAAGAAGUUGUACUUAAACCAAUACCUAAAGAGAAGCCUGUAGAAGAAGAGAAGAAACCUGAAGAAGUGCAACUUAAGCCAAUCAAAAAAGAUAAACCGAUAGAAGAGAAUCAACCAGAGGAAUUAUCAUGGCGAGGCAAACGGAAGCCAAAAGAAGAACAGCCGGCUGAAGAAGUUGUACUUAAACCGGUACCUAAACAGAAGCCUGUAGAAGAAGAGAAGAAACCUGAGGAAGUGCAACUUAAGCCAAUCAAAAAAGAAAAACCGAUAGAAGAGACACAACCAGAGGAGGUAUCAUGGCGAGGCAAACGGAAGCCGAAAGAAGAACAGACGGCUGAAGAAGUUGUUCUUAAACCGGUACCUAAACAGAAGCCUGUAGAAGAAGAGAAGAAACCUGAGGAAGUGCAACUUAAGCCAAUCAAAAAAGAAAAACCGAUAGAAGAGACACAACCAGAGGUAUCAUGGCGAGGCAAACGGAAGGCGAAAGAAGAACAGCCGGCUGAAGAAGUUGUACUUAAACCAAUACCUAAAGAGAAGCCUGUAGAAGAAGAGAAGAAACCUGAAGAAGUGCAACUUAAGCCAAUCAAAAAAGAUAAACCGAUUGAAGAGACACAACCAGAGGAGGUAUCAUGGCGAGGCAAACGGAAGCCGAAAGAAGAACAGACGGCUGAAGAAGUUGUUCUUAAACCGGUACCUAAACAGAAGCCUGUAGAAGAAGAAACAAAACCGGAAGAAGUGCAACUUAAACCAGUGCCUAAACAGAAACCUGUAGAAGAAGAGAAACCGGAAGACGUACAACUCAAGCCUAUUAAGAAGCAAAAGCCCAAGUCUAUUGAAGAAGAACAACCUGAGGAUGCUUCUUGGCCUACCGGCAAGAGACGACCUAAAGAAGAACAGCCAGCGGAAGAGGUCGUCCUAAAGCCAGUGCCUAAACAGAAGCCUGUAGAAGACGAGAAACCGGAAGAAGUACAACUCAAGCCUAUAAAGAAGCAAAAGCCUAAGUCUGUUGAAGAAGAACAGCCUGAGGAUAUUUCUUGGCCUACCGGCAAGAGACGACCUAUAGAAGAACAACCAGCGGAAGAGGUCGUCCUAAAGCCAGUGCCUAAACAGAAGCCUGUAGAAGAAGUAAAACCAGAAGAAGUACGACUCAAGCCUAUAAAGAAGCAAAGGCCCAAGUCUGUCGAAGAAGAACAGCCUGAGGAUGUUUCUUGGCCUACCGGCAGGAGGCGACCUAAAGAAGAACAACCAGCGGAAGAGGUCGUGCUAAAGCCAGUGCCUAAACAGAAGCCUGUAGAAGAAGAAAAACCGGAAGAAGUACAACUCAAGCCUAUAAAGAAACAAAAGCCCAAGACUGUUGAAGAAGAACAGCCUAAGGAUCUAAAACCUGUUAUAAAGGAUAAAUCACUAGAAGAAACUGAAGCAGAAGAAGUCCAUGUUCAAAAAGUCAAAGAAGAAAUUGUAGAACAAGAAAAUCUUCAACCAGAGCCUUUCGAGAAGACUGAAGAAGAAGAAAAACCAGAGGAAAUACAGCACAAAGAUAUCAAGAAGGAGAAAAAGAUCGCCAAGAAAGACGUUAUAAAGGAAAUAAUCGUACUAGAAACACAGGAAGAUUCACAGCCUCAGGUCGAGGAAGAAAAAUCUACGACAAUCGUAACAACUCAAGAAGAAGUAGACCAAAUUCAGCCAGAAGAGAAACCUGUAGAGACAGUACGAAAGCGUGUCAAAAAGGAGAAAAAGGUUGCUAAGGAAGAAAUCAAAGUAGACGAAAUCGUCGCCGAGGAACAGACACAACCAGAAACAGAGAUUGAGGAAGAGAAAGAAGUGACUGCACCAGUAAUACCAGUCGAGACAUUGCAAGCGGAAAAACCCGAGGAAGUAGAAACUAUAAAAAAAGUUCACAAAAAAGAAAAGGUUGUAGAGAAAAUUCAAGUCGAAACAGCUGUGCUAGAAAAACAAGAACAACCUGUACCCGAGACUGAAGAAGAAGAUAUUACAACAGUAGUAACAACAGAAAGGAAAAGAACGAAGAUUAAGACUAAGAAGCCGGACAUAAAAAAAGUUGGACCGAUAAUUAUAGAACACAUUAAAGCAAUGAAUAUUCCAGAAAAUAGCAAUGUUGAAUUGUAUGUAUCUUAUGAAGCAGAUGAAGACAAAAAAGUGUUAUGGUAUUGCAACAACAAACUCCUUGAACCAAGUGACGAUUGUAUUAUUCAUACUGAAGCCGAUCAUUCGACGAUAGAAAUAAAAUCACCAGAUAAAAAGAAAGUAGGAAAAUUUGAAGUAGUUAUUGAGUCCAAUAAUAUGAUCACUAAAUCGGCAAGUACUGUUAAAAUUGUAAAGCUGUCUGACGAAGCACUCAUAAAACCACCAGUAUUUAUUCGACCCGUAAGUUCCCAACAAGUCACAUUCGGUGCUAUUGAGCUAUUUGAAGCAGAAGUGAAAUCUACUCCUAGUGCGUCGUUCCAAUGGUUUAUUGGUACCAAGGAGGUAACUUCUUAUGCAAAAGAAAAUAAAUUAAAUAAUAUUUAUAUCACUACUAAAGAAAAUGUAUCAUGUCUUUGUAUUGAAAAUAUGACUCCAGAUUUAGUAGACGUUAUCACCUGCCGAGCAGAAAAUUUUGCUGGUUCCGUAUCUUGUUCUGCUUCACUAGUGCCGAAAGCUAAAGAAACAGAAAUUAACGGUGAGAAACCAGAAUUCAUACAGCCUUUGAAAUCAGCGUCCAUAAUGGACGGAGAGCCUAUAGUAUUGUCAUGCGAAGUAAAGGGAAUUCCUUGGCCUAAAAUAGAAUGGUACUACGAUAAAAGGAUUAUAGAAAAAGCAAGAGACGUAGCAGUGGCAAGACAGGAAUCCGGUUUAUGUGAACUUCACAUUAAAGAAGCAUUCCCAGAAAUGUCGGGCACAUAUACGUGUAUAGCAACUAAUCCUUUCGGGAGUUGUUCCAGCAAAUGUGUUUUAACCGUAGAAGCUUAUGAAUAUGCAUCUGAGGAGGAUAUAUUGAGUGACGAGAAAACAAGUGACAUUGAAGAAUUUGCACCAAAGAUUGUUAAAGCCUUACCUACGGUUGUGUCUACAACAGAGGGCACACUUACGAGGUUAGAGGCAAAAGCUAUAGGUAUGCCGAAGCCGCAGAUAAGAUGGUUGAAACACGGGAUGGAAGUCGUUCAUUCUCAAGAAUACCAGAUUGAAGAAAUGGAAGAUGGCACAUCAAUUUUAACUAUUCCCGAGGUUUACCAAGAUGAUACGGGUGAAAUUAAAUUUGAAGCAUGCAACCCUCUUGGAGUGACAUCAACUAUUGCGGCACUAUUCGUCGAGAGUAUCAUUGGAACAAAAGAGUAUCGCAAACCAGAAUGGGUGACACAUAUGGAAGAAUUGCAAGCUGCACUGAAAGCUACUCAAUCUGUCCCGACUUUUGUAAAAGAAAUAUUAGGGGAACGUGUUCACGAAGAAGAUACUGUAAAGUUUGAGGCAAUUUACAGUGGAAACCCAGCCCCAGAAAUCCUAUGGUAUAAGGACGAUAAAGUUAUAAGAACUGAUGAGCAAUAUACUGUUGACAAUGUGGAUAAUCAUACCUGGUGUAUAAUUAAGAAAGCUAACAAAACCAACGAGGGAACCUAUAUGUGCAAAGCUGUCAGUGACAUUGGAAUGGCAAUAACUAAAGCCAAAUUGCAAGUAUUCAAAGCAGGAGAAGUCAUUAAAAAGGCUAAAACUGUAAGAGAAAAAACCAAACUUGAAAAAACGGUUAAGCGAGAAAAAGAAGUGGUAGAAAAAGAACAAGCGAAAACAGUUUUAGAAGAAGCAACUCCUACCGUCACAGAGGAAGUCCAAGAAAUUGAAGAGCCAAAACCCAUUAAAAAAGUCGCAAAAGAAAAGGCAACUGUUAAAUUAAGCUCAGCGGAACACGUUGAAACUGUCGAUGUGGCUUCCUAUAAAAAGGUUGACAAAAAAGAAAAGCCUGCAGCCAAAUCAGAAACUCUAAAGCCAGGUAUAACACCACAUGAGCAUCUCAUAUCGUCGCAACAGCAGAAAGAGGAAACAGUCGAAUCAUUUGAGAAAUCUCCCAUUGAGAAACAAAAAGGAAUUAUAAAAACAGUUGAGUCAGACUCCAAAAUGGUAGCGGAGAUUAAUGAGUUACUUGAAGUUAUCAAUGCCAGGGAGUUUGGGCCUGGCGAGUCACCAUUGAGAGAACUUGCAAAAAUAGGUUAUAUGUUAAGAACCGGUGUCACGACUGAAGAGAUAGAGAGUCUGUAUGAUUCCCAAUAUUUCCCAGCCCUGCGAGUGCCGCAAUCCCAAUCAGCCCUAGUGCAGUUGGUUGAGCGUCAAGGCCAUGGCGCGCUGAUUACAGAAGUUCUUACAGAAGAAACGACACAAGACGAAGACGUUAUUGCCGCAAAGGUUGGCUUCCGCGCUUUUUUGAAGAUGGUGGAAAUGAAAGCCAGUUCUGUCGAAGAGGUCAUUGCUCACUUUUACCCUGAAGACUUCAAACCACGUUCUUGGGAACAAAGAGAAGCACACGAGACCAUCGUGGAGUCUUCAGCAGAACACGUCGCGGAAAGUCGUACAACGAAAGUCAUUAAAGAUGAUACAUCGGAGGUUGUCGAAGAAGAAGAUGUCAAAGAAAAAGAACAAGUCAGACGCAAAAAGCAUACUAAGCAGAAAAACUCCGAGUUACGCAUUGAAGAAGAAAUUGUUGGAGAAAGGAAAACAGUCAAAACAGUCCAUCCUAGAGAAAAUGUUGAAGUUUAUGAGGACGACGAAGCAGGGUUACUUGAAACUGCAGAGAUGAUCUACAAAACGGCGACGCCUACAGCUAUUCAUGAAAAUAAAAUAGAAGUAGUCCCUGCUAGUGAGGUAUCUCACAUAACACCGGACAAAAUAACUGAUAAAAUUAAGGCUAACCUUAAAAUGGACACUAACUACCCAAUAGUUAACGCAUCUCAACAAGCUGAAGAAAGAGAAGAAUCAUUGCAUGUUAAAGAACAAGUCAAACUUCAUGUCAAACCAUCUAUACCCGAAAAUGAGUCGCUAGAAGUAACUGAAAUAGAGAUCAGCAAUUCACUGGACGAAUACUCAGCAGAUCGUAUUAAAGCCGACGUUAAAGCAGUGAAGAACAUUGUCCCAAUAGAAAGUUUAGUAACAACAGAAGUGCAUGCAGAUUUGGACCUGACCGAUCUGCAAAAAGCUGAAACGUGCUUUAGUAGUGCUAAACCAUCUGUUACAUUAAAAGAUGCUGUAAACGUAUCAGAACAAAUAACGAGCAUAAAGGAAGAGUCAUUCGACAAACUAGAGAUUAAGAAGUCAAAUGCAGCAUUAUCAGUUUCUCCCUUAUUAGGAUUAAGCGUUACAGAAGUUACGGACGAACUAAAAGAAUAUGACAUUGAAAGCAAGACAACAGAAAAAGCCGCUACAUCUAGGCUUAAUUUCAAUUUGCAUGAAUCACUUCAAGUUGGAGAAGUUUUCGUUGAAGAUAAGUCUGGAAGAUAUUACCCAGAACUAAUAGUACCUACAGAAACAGCUCGAAAGGAUGUUUUAACAUCUAACCAAAUUUUAACCGAAGUACAUGAUGUUCAAGAAAAGGAAGGGUUAUUACAAGCUCUGAAACUGCCACCAGCACAGGAAGCCAAUGUUGACGUAACAAUUAAAGAUAGCUUCCAAGUAACUAUUGAUGAGACACACGAAAAAGAAGGUGAAUUCAUUAAAAAAGAAUUACCCACAACAGUUAAAGUAGAUAAAGAUUUAUCCUUGCAUACAAGUUUAAAUACAUCUAUAGUAAGCUCACACAUUCAAGAGACAGAUUUUGUGCCCGAGCCCUUGCCAAGUAAGAAAGCUAAUAUAGGUGUGAGCGAACACCAACAUAAGUUUAAUUUGGAAACAAACAUUCAUGAAUCAGAAAUUAACUUAGAGGGACCCAAAGCUGUACUGGGUACACAUGCCGACAUUUCAAUUUCAUUACUAGAUAAAAACUUUGUUGAAGAAGUUCAAAUCAAUGAAAGUGAAAAAGAUCUUUUAAUCAAAGAUGAUAAGUAUACUGCUACAGCAGAUGUGGAUGUUCGUGCUGUCGAACCAAUUAUAACAUCUGAAACUCUGCAGAUGACAUCUAUCGGCGAGCUUAAAUUGCAGGAUAAGGUCCAAGAUGAAUCAGCCACAGAGACAGUUGUUACUGCAAAUGCCAAAAUCGUAACAGCCCCCCUAAUACACGAACAAGAAACAUCAGGAGAGUACUUAACCAAAAAAUCUGAAACCAUCACACUGUCAGUGGUCCCUAAUAUUCCCUUAACUAUAUAUGAAAAUGAGUCAUCUGAAUCUGAGAAUAAACUUACUUUGAAUAAAAUACCAGAGGUUAGUUCUACGAAACCUUUGCCUACUCAUCAACUGAAAACACCUAUAUCUGAAGAGAUAAAUACGGCUGAUCAAAUUAAUUUUAUUCCAUUGACUUCUAAUGUUACUGAAAAAGCAUCAGAAGUUUAUAAAGAUUUGCAUAAAGAAAUCACUAUUUUACAAACAACAGUCCAAGAACAACUAGACAAGUUAGAUGAAAACCAAACCAACCACAGCAAAGCUCUACUUACGUUUGUUGAAAAUGAAAGUUUAAAUGUUACAGAAAUAGUAUCGAGCGUUACUGAAAAUCAACUAUCCUCUGAAAGGGAUAGACUUGAUGUAUACGCUAAACCCGAUAUAGAGACGAAUCACAAGAUUGCUAUUACAUCUGAACCUAUUCUAAGAGAAGCUGUUGAUAAAAUGGAAUCAGUAACACCUAAACUUGAAGCAGCUAGCCUUACAUCCAAUAUCCUAAGCUCAUUGCAGAUUUCUGAAAAUAAGGUGUUAGAUUCGCAGGCAAAUUUGCAAGAUAGUGUGAAACCCAAUCUUCAAUCUAUACUUCCCGAAAUAAUACCAUCCCAGGAAUUAAAUAUUACGGAAGUAUAUCAAAAUGAGAAAGAAACUGAAUACGCAUCGAAAACCUUACCAGAAGUAUUUACCGUUCCGUCGCAAGUUAUAUCGUUACGAGCAGUAGCUGUAAGCUCAGAGUUAAUACCUGACUCAAGCGUUGGUUUCACAGAAAGUGAAAAUAUAGACAUUAAAUCUAAACAAGCUACUAUUGAAAACGUAGCGCAUAAUGAACUUCAGAUAACUUCAACGGAUUGCAAUGAAAAAGAAAGUUCUUUUGAGCGAGCUCCUGUGCUAAAUACUGUAUCUGCUAAAAUAAGUAUAGACUCUACUCAGGCCCUUUUGGUGGAAGAAAACAAACCUGAAUUCGCUGCAAGAAACUUUGAAACAACUAGUGAUUUAGCUUGGGCAAAAGCAAAACAAGGCGCAAUACCACAAGAAGCCAUUACUCAAGAAGAGACAAUUGUACAUCUGUCAGAAGGCAUAAUAGUAUCCGAAGAAAAAGGAAAUACGGCAAAAUCAGCAGUCUCAUUGACAACCCUCCAAGCACCACAAUACGAUGAGAAAGUUACUGCCGAAAGUGAAAAUCCGUUGACAUUAAACUUAUCACCAGAUCAGCAAAGUGCCAAUGUUUCGUUUACUUCUCGACACAGCAUACAGAUAUCGGAAACUUUAUCCCAAUCUGAAAAUUUGCAAAGUACUGAUACCUUCGACGUGGGAUAUAAAACUGCUUCACCUAAAAUGGAUGAAAUAUAUGGUAAAGCAGCACAUACCGAGGAAGUUACCGUGAACCAACAGACAGAAGAAUUCCUAAAUGAAAAAAUGGCUGUCAAGCAAACAGAUGUUACAACUGUCCCAUCUUAUACAUUAGAACAAACGGAAAUAAUUGCAGCGGAAACGGAGAUGGAAUUACCUAAACGUACUACAAUUACAUCAAAUAUUUUACCAGAUAUUACCGAAACCCAAGCACUUAUAAUGAGUUGUACUGAAACGAUAGAUAAGGAGAAGGAAUUUUUCGGAAAGUUUUCAGUGCCAACUCAAGAUGCUACUAUUGGUUUUGUGCCUCUAAUUAGCACUGUAAAUACUGAAGUGCUAUCAACAAAUGCCACAGAAACUCUACUAGAAAAAGCACCAGAAACCUCUCAAGCAACAAUUACAAGUGAUGACCUACGUAGACAUUUACAGGGACUAGAAAUAUUACAUGCAGAGAAAGAAACCGAUUUAGCACCCAGUCAGAAAGAACAUAAACAAGCAGCAACGGAAAAAAUUAUUGAAAUAUCUGCAAAAGAAAUAUCAGAAGUCAAUGUCAACGAAAAAGAAACAGAGUUGUCAAAAAUGUUAGAUAUGUUUACGACUACUGCUAAACCAGCGUUUGAUGAACAGCAAUCACUAUUUAGUUCAGAAGUAAUUGCAAAUCAGGAAAUUGAAGAACUUCACGUUUCCGGGACUACGAUGUUAAAUGCACUUACUACUCAUGGAAUGAAAGAAGCCAUUCAAAAUUUAGAGCCGUUUAUAGGAGAAAGCGAAGACACAUUUGCCGAAAUAACGCCUGCGAAAACUGAAUUAGUAAAACCCGUAGUUGAAGGGAAACAAUGUGCAAGAGUGUCAGAAGUGAUGCCAACAGAAAAAGAAGAAAUUUUGCUUGUUAAUGAGAUAAUGCCACAUAAAAAGCAGUUAGAACCAACCGACAGUGUAAAAUUACAUUCUAGUGUAGGUAUAGAUGAAACCGUACCAAUUGAAUCUGAAGCCGAAUUACCACUUUGUUCAGAUUUGAAACAUAAAGCGGGAAUGACUGUCCUUCCGGAAGAUUACAUAAAUAUUUCAGAAACCACUGUAAUAGAAAAAGAAAACAUUUUACAAGCUGACCAAACUCCUAAAAGUGCGACGUAUAAUGUGAAUUUGGACGCACAUCGUCAUUUAAAUGUAGAAAUAUGUCAAUAUACAGAAACAGAGGAAGCAAUUAAGAAUGACAAGCCAAUGACAACAAAAGAAAUACUUGAUUUUUCUUUAGAGCCUUGCAGGCCCCUUUGUAUCACAGAAACUAAAUCUGAAGAAAGACAUGAAGAAUUAAUACCGGGUAAAAAAGCAGUAGAACUAAGUCCAAAUAUUAAUCUCGAAGUAGGUGACCACAUAAACAUUACAGAAACAGUUGUUUUAGAAAACGAUGAUGACUUAAAAUUAGGAUUGUUAAAUAAAAUGGAACAUGGUAAGUCAAAUGUCGAAACAUCAAAACAUAUAACCAUAACCGAAACAGAUAUUAGAGAGAAUGAUUAUCCUUUAGAAAAUAUAUUGCAAACUGUAUCUAAGCAAUCAGACAUAUCCUUUGAAGCUAGAAUACCAAUCGAAGUGCAAGAAGUUCUGUUUAGAGAAAGUGGCUCUGAUCUAGCGCAGUAUACUAAACCACGUGAAGAAGUACUUAAUAUGUCUAUAGAAUCUCAACAACAUCUCACUGUAACUGACGCACUAGUAGAAGAAAACGAAAUUGCGAUACAAGUUGAUCAAAUUCCACAAAGCGCAGAAAAUCAGGUUAAAGUAGAAGCAAUGCAGCAUGUAAUGACAAACGAGAUAACAGCAAUUGAAGAGGGUACAGAAUUUUCAGGCAGUAAGGCUUACAAAGAUGAAAAGGCAUAUGAAUCUCAAGCAGUUACAGAAGCCCUUUACAGUGAACAGACACAAGUCAUUGAGAGCGUAAGCACUAUGAAAACAACUUUUACACCUGAAUUAUCUACCGCUGACCAAGAAAUAGUCGGAUUAAAAUCACUUGAACAGACAGAAGUAUUAGUAGAAGAAAAUCCUGAUGCUUUCGAUAAAUAUCAUCCUAAGGAAGAAACAGCCCAAACAGUGCAAACCACGAAAAAGGAAAUAGUGUUUAGCCAACCAGAAAUUCUUGAAAGUACUACAAACCUGUCCGAAAAAUUCGAAUCUGAACCUUCCCAAGUUCAACUUGGGCUCGAACUACAUAAGAGCUACAUAAUAUCUGAGAACACAGCUCAGGAACAGCCAGAAAUCAUUAAAACUUCGGAAGAAUAUGGUAAGUACGCUGAAAAACAAAUAAUAGAAAUGAAAUCACUGCAACAGACGGAAAUAAUAGCGAAUGAAAAAUCCGAACCCCUUUCAAAAUUCCAUCAAGACAAAAAUGAAAAUGCCAUAGCGAGUCAAAACACUUUGCAAGAGUUAACCAGUGCAGAACCAGCCAUAUUCGAAAAUGUUACUAAUUUACCUUCGUCGGUUACAUUAGAGAGAGGUAAGGCUUCAACAGAUUUAGAAACACACAAAAGUUACAUUGUUAGCGAUAAUAUUACACACGAAGAAUCUGAAGACAUCAUCAUAGAAGGUAAGAAAAUAAGUUCGAUUGUGGGGCAGGUCUUAGAGUUUAAACCUUUACAACAAACAGAAAUUUUUGUCGGCGAAAAUGCUUCUACAAUGUGUACAGAUAAACAAGAAGGAAAAACUAUAACUGUCAUACCAAUCGAAAAUGAAUCUGUAAGUCAGACUGAUGUUAUUGUACAUGAAACUGGAACUGAGACAUCGUUUGAAAAACCAAUACAAAUGGAGACUGCUUCGUUAUCUUUAAAUACAACACAAGGUGUUACGAUAUGUGAAGUAACCCACGAAAGCGCUCCAGAAGACUUUGUUCUUCAUGAAGGUAAACAAGUGAAAGCAGAUAAAACUGUGGCUCCAUUAUCACACUUACAAUGCACGGAAAAUAUAUCACAAAUACACGCAGACGAAUUAACACUACAAUCUACACAGAGUAAAAUUCCUACAGUUGUAACUAGCGAAAUAGCACCACUCAUAAUCACAGACAAUACUUGUCUUCUUCAAGAGGAAAAUCUUCAAAUAACACAACCAAAGACUCAAAACGUUCGCGAAAGCCUUACUAUGGCGAGUGAACUAGAAGUCACAGAUGAAUUCGUCAAUGAACACGUUUUGCCCUACUCCGACGAUUUAUUGGAAUUAAAGAAAACUGGCAAACUUACACAAAUGAGCGACACUGAGCACCAACUCACUAUAUCAGAGCAGGAGACGCGUUUCCUAGAAAAAACUGACGAUAGAUAUUCUUCGCCUAAACUAUCAGACACUGAAGAAACUGAGGAAAUAGUAACCAAAUUUUCACAAGCAUCAACAGGGGAACCAAUUCAAAUAAAAACUAAACGAACAAUUUUAAGAAAGAAGAAAAAAACUCACCAAGGAGAUGCCGUAGAAAAUGACGUUGUAAUAGAAGAGAAAUUAGACGAUGAUGAUAUAAUUAAACCUAUUACGCAGCAUACUGUCGAUAUAGAGGAAUUUGAAGAAACCGACUUAACACCUAUUAAGGAGAUGGCUAAAGGAACCGUCGAAAUGCCCGAUGAUUAUUUUCAUGUACCACAAUUAGAAUCACAAGUGCAAAUAGAAGAACUCGUUGAAGAUUAUUCCAAAAAACCCGAAAGUCCAAAUGAGGUGGUUCCGAUAAUUGCAGACGACAAAACGAAGAUAGAGAAAAAAAUUAAAACCACGAAACGAGUCAUCAAGAAGAAGCAAGGAUCGGAUAAAAAAAAUAUUGAAUCAGUUGUUGUUAAAGACGACAAAGCUCCGGAACUACCAGAGGAGACAACCAUAGAAGACAUAACUUUCGAUGAAAACACAGUCAUCAGACAAGACUCGCCUAAAAUAUCUGACACAGAGGAAACCGAAGAAAUUGUAACCAAGUUUACACAAGCUCCAAAUGGGGAAACAAUACAAACCAAAACAAAACGAACUAUAAUAAGAAAAAAGAAAAAAGUUUUACAUAAAAAUUCUGUGGACAAUGACGUAGUAAUCGAAGAAAAAUUAGACGAUGACGAAACAGAUAAACAUCCAAGGGUUCAACAUCAUCAAGUUGACAUAGAAGAAUUCGAAGAUACUGAUUACAUGCCCAUUAAGGAUACCGCAAGAGGAAAGAUUGAAUUACCCGAAGAUUAUCUGCAUGUACCCAAAAUAGAAUCACAGGUUAAAAUAGAGGAGGUAACGGAAAAAAUAACAACACCAUUCCAAGCACAAGUCGCAUCAAACGACACAGAGAAACCUACGGCCACUGAAUUACCAGAAAACAUAAUAAUAGAAGAGUUUACAACUCCAGAAGGCAAAACAGUAAAAAAGAAAACAGUGAAGAAAAUAACUAAACGUACAAUAGGUGAUGCAAUCGAAACUACACAAACAACAACAGAAAAAAAAGGUGACACAUCACCAACAUUCCUGAAUCAUACUGAAAAUGAACAAAUUGAUGACAUAGUCAAAACAUUCGAGAGCACACAACUUUAUGACAAGGCUAAAGUCAUCGAGGAAGAACCCGAAAAAGUAGAGAUUUCACAAAUUCACACAGAAACUGGAGAAGUUAAAAAGGUCAAAACUACUAAGCGCAUCGUUAAAAAGGGCCCUAAGAAAGAAGUGACUGAAAUAACUACCAUAGAAAAAGAAGGUGAAGAGCCCAUCACAACGGUCACUGUUGCUCCAGCACCAGACGAGGAGCAACCAACACCGAUAGAGACCGUAGAACUGCCAGAAGAAGUAGCAGAAGUGAGCGAAAUUACUCCUGAAGGUAAGUCAAUUAAGAAAAAGACAAUAAAAAGGGUCAUUAAGCGUAAAAAGGGGCCAAUUAUAGAAACCACAGAAAUUACUACUGAACAAGUAGGAGACGAACAGCCCAUCAUAUCAGUACACACAAGUGAAGAAAUAACAGAUGACACAGUCACACCAUUCGAGACAACACAACUAUAUGACAAGGCUAAAGUCAUUGAGGAAGAACCCGAAAAAGUUGAAAUUUCUCAAAUUCGCACAGAAACUGGGGAACUUAGAAAGGUCAAAACUACUAGGCGCGUCAUCAAAAAGGGCCCUAAGAAAGAAGUCACUGAAAUAACGACCGUCGAAAAAGAAGGGGAAGAGCCCAUCACAACGGUCACUGUUGCUCCAGCAUCAGAAGAGGAGCUACCAGCACCGAUAGAGUCCGUGGAACUCCCAGAAGAAGUAGCAGAAGUGAGCGAAAUUACUCCUGAAGGUAAGAAAAUUAAAAAGAAAACUAUAAAGAGGGUCAUUAGGCGUAAGAAGGGACCACUUACGGAAAUUACACAAAUUACUACUGAACAAGUAGGAGACGAACAGCCAAUCAUAUCAGUACACACAAGUGAAGAAUUAACAGACGACACAGUCACCCCAUUCGAGACAACACAACUAUAUGACAAGGCUAAAAUCAUCGAGGAGGAACCAGAAAAAGUUGAAAUCUCGCAGAUUCGCACUGAAACUGGUGAAGUUAAAAAGGUCAAAACUACUAGGCGCGUCAUCAAAAAGGGCCCUAAGAAAGAAGUCACUGAAAUAACGACCGUCGAAAAAGAAGGGGAAGAGCCCAUCACAACGGUCACUGUUGCUCCAGCACCAGAAGAGGAGCUACCAGCACCGAUAGAGUCCGUGGAACUGCCAGAAGAAGUAGCAGAAGUGAGCGAAAUUACUCCUGAAGGUAAGACAAUUAAAAAGAAAACUAUAAAGAGGGUCAUUAAGCGUAAGAAGGGACCAAUUACGGAAACCACACAAAUUACUACUGAACAAGUAGGAGACGAACAGCCAAUCAUAUCAGUACACACAAGUGAAGAAUUAACAGAUGACACAAUCACACCAUUCGAGACAACACAACUGUAUGACAAGGCUAAAGUCAUUGAGGAAGAACCAGAAAAAGUUGAUAUUUCUCAAAUUCGCACAGAAACUGGGGAAGUUAAAAAGGUCAAAACUACAAAGCGCAUCAUCAAAAAGGGCCCUAAGAAAGAAGUCACUGAAAUAACGACCAUCGAAAAAGAAGGGGAAGAGCCCAUCACAACGGUCACUAUUGCUCCAGCACCAGAAGAGGAGCUACCAGCACCGAUAGAGUCCGUGGAACUGCCAGAAGAAGUAGCAGAAGUGAGCGAAAUUACUCCUGAAGGUAAGAAAAUUAAAAAGAAAACUAUUAAGAGGGUCAUUAGGCGUAAGAAGGGACCACUUACGGAAAUUACACAAAUUACAACUGAACAAGUAGGAGACGAACAGCCAAUCAUAUCAGUACACACAAGUGAAGAAUUAACAGACGACACAGUCACCCCAUUCGAGACAACACAACUAUAUGACAAGGCUAAAAUCAUCGAGGAGGAACCAGAAAAAGUAGAAAUCUCGCAGAUUCGCACUGAAACUGGUGAAGUUAAAAAGGUCAAAACUACUAGGCGCGUCAUCAAAAAGGGCCCUAAGAAAGAAGUCACUGAAAUAACGACUAUCGAAAAAGAAGGUGAAGAGCCCAUUACAAAGGUCACUGUUGCAGUACCAGAAGAGGAGCAACCAACACCGAUAGAGACCAUGGAACUGCCAGAAGAAGUAGCAGAAACGACCGAAACAACUCCUGAAGGUAAGAAGAUUAAGAAGAAAACUAUAAAGAGGGUCAUUAAGCGUAAAAAGGGACCAAUUACAGAAACCACACAAAUUACUACUGAACAAGUAGGAGACGAACAGCCCAUCAUAUCAGUACACACAAGUGAAGAAUUAACAGAUGUCACAGUCACACCAUUCGAGACAACACAGCUAUAUGACAAGGCUAAAGUCAUCGAGGAAAAACCCGAAAAAGUUGAAAUUUCUCAAAUUCGCACAGAAACAGGAGAAGUUAAAAAGGUCAAAACUACUAAGCGCAUCAUCAAAAAGGGCCCUAAGAAAGAAGUCACUGAAAUAACGACCAUCGAAAAAGAAGGUGAAGAACCCAUCACAACGGUCACUGUUGCUCCAGCAUCAGAAGAGGAGCAACCAACACCGAUAGAGAGCGUAGAAUUGCCAGAAGAAGUAGCAGAAGUAAGCGAAACUACUCCUGAAGGUAAGACAAUUACAAAGAAAACUAUUAAGAGGGUCAUUAAGCGUAAGAAGGGACCAAUAACUGAAACCACACAAAUCACUACAGAACAAGAAGGUGACCAAGCGCCAAUCAUAUCAGUACACACGAGCGAAGAAUUCACAGAUGACACACUCACACCAUUUGAGAACACGCACCUUCAUGACAAGGCUAAAAUCAUAGAGGAAGAACCCGAAAAAGUUGAAAUAUCUCAAAUUCGCACAGAAACUGGGGAAGUUAAAAAGGUCAAAACUACUAAGCGCAUCAUUAAAAAGGGCCCUAAGAAAGAAGUCACUGAAAUAACGACCAUCGAAAAAGAAGGUGAAGAACCCAUCACAACGGUCACUGUUGCUCCAGCACCAGAAGAGGAGCAACCAACACCGAUAGAGAGCGUAGAAUUGCCAGAAGAAGUAGCAGAAGUAAGCGAAACUACUCCUGAAGGUAAGACAAUUACAAAGAAAACUAUUAAGAGGGUCAUUAAGCGUAAGAAGGGACCAAUAACUGAAACCACACAAAUCACUACUGAACAAGAAGGUGACCAAACACCAAUCAUAACAGUACACACUAGCGAAGAAUUCACAGAUGACACAGUCACACCAUUCGAGAACACACACCUUUAUGACAAGGCUAAAAUCAUCGAGGAAGAACCCGAAAAAGUUGAAAUUUCUCAAAUUCGCACAGAAACUGGGGAAGUUAAAAAGGUCAAAACUACUAAGCGCAUCAUCAAAAAGGGCCCUAAGAAAGAAGUCACUGAAAUAACGACCAUCGAAAAAGAAGGUGAAGAACCCAUCACAACGGUCACUGUUGCUCCAGCACCAGAAGAGGAGCAACCAACACCGAUAGAGACCGUGGAACUGCCAGAAGAAGUAGCAGAAGUGAGCGAAAUUACUCCCGAAAAAGUUGAAAUUUCUCAAAUUCGCACAGAAACUGGGGAAGUUAAAAAGAUCAAAACUACUAAGCGCAUCAUCAAAAAGGGUCCUAAGAAAGAAGUCACUGAAAUAACGACCAUCGAAAAAGAAGGCGAAGAACCCAUCACAACGGUCACUGUUGCUCCAGCACCAGAAGAGGAGCAACCAACACCGAUAGAGAGCGUAGAAUUGCCAGAAGAAGUAGCAGAAGUGAGCGAAAUUACCCCUGAAGGUAAGACAUUUACAAAGAAAACUAUUAAGAGGGUCAUUAAGCGUAAGAAGGGACCAAUAACUGAAACCACACAAAUCACUACAGAACAAGAAGGUGACCAAGCGCCAAUCAUAACAGUACACACUAGCGAAGAAUUCACAAAUGACACAGUCACACCAUUCGAGAACACACACCUUUAUGACAAGGCUAAAAUCAUAGAGGAAGAACCCGAAAAAGUUGAAAUAUCUCAAAUUCGCACAGAAACUGGGGAAGUUAAAAAGGUCAAAACUACUAAGCGCAUCAUUAAAAAGGGCCCUAAGAAAGAAGUCACAGAAAUAACGACCAUCGAAAAAGAAGGUGAAGAACCCAUCACAACGGUCACUGUUGCUCCAGCACCAGAAGAGGAGCAACCAAUACCGAUAGAGACCGUGGAACUGCCAGAAGAAGUAGCAGAAGUGAGCGAAACAACUCCUGAAGGUAAGACUAUUAAGAAGAAAACUAUUAAGAGGGUCAUUAAGCGUAAGAAGGGACCAAUAACUGAAACCACACAAAUCACUACAGAACAAGAAGGUGACCAAGCGCCAAUCAUAUCAGUACACACGAGCGAAGAAUUCACAGAUGACACAGUCACACUAUUUGAGAACACACACCUGCAUGACAAGGCUAAAAUUAUAGAGGAAGAACCCGAAAAAGUUGAAAUUUCUCAAAUUCGCACAGAAACUGGGGAAGUUAAAAAGGUCAAAACUACUAAGCGCAUCAUCAAAAAGGGCCCUAAGAAAGAAGUCACUGAAAUAACGACCAUCGAAAAAGAAGGUGAAGAACCCAUCACAACGGUCACUGUUGCUCCAGCACCAGAAGAGGAGCAACCAACACCGAUAGAGAGCGUAGAAUUGCCAGAAGAAGUAGCAGAAGUAAGCGAAACUACUCCUGAAGAUCUUGAACCUGUAGGUCCCAGUUCGGUGGAAGAAAAGAAGACGAAGAAGCCAAAGAAGACAGAACCGGUUACAAGCAAGCCGGUAGAUGAAAAACCAGUUGAAGAAAAUGAAGUCAUAGCACAAAACGGGGAAGUAAAACAACCCAAACCACUUAAGAAAAAAUUGACACCGUUAAAAAUUGAAAGGGUAUCUUUGGAUGUUAAUAAGGCUCAGUUUGCUGAACAAGUAGAAGGGCCACAAUUCGCAAAAUUAAAGUUGAAAAAACCUGUACAAAAACCUAAAGCUGAACAGUCAACAGUAACGUUACCUAAAUUCCAAUUAAAAAGUCGUAUUAAACACAUAACCGACUGGCCACCUGAAGAAUUGCAACCAAUCAUCAGUUAUUUAAACAGUGUCCGACAAAAUGGAGAGCUGUCAAGAAACAUUAAGGAAGCAGCUAAAAUUAAGAAAAAACCACUUAAACUUAAGAAAAUUGAUGCUGAAAAACCCGAAUUGGAAAAGCCAGACGAAUUCGAAUUCUCUUCAAGCAAAGAUGUUCCCGAAGAAAUACAGGAAAUACUAAAAGAGGUACCAAAAGAAAUAGAGCCUGUGGAAAUUCCCAAAGAACAGAAAGAAAAGGUAGUACCAGAAACAGAUAAUGCUGAAAAACCAAAGAAACCUAAGCCAAAACUUAUUCGACAAAAAAUUGAAAGGAAAGUUCUAGAGAUGGAUAAACCACAGCAUGCUGAAAGUAUUGAUGCACCUCAGUUUAACCAAAUCAAGCUUAAGAAAACGGUCGCGAAACCCAAGCAAGAUAGUGCUAACGUAUCUCUUCCUAAGUUCCAAUUAAAGAGUCGUAUAAGAUACGUGACAGAUUGGCCCCCAGAUAUUAUAGAGCCCAUCAUAAGCUUUUUAGGUAGUAUUCGUCAGAAUGGAAUACUAUCGAGAAACGUACAUGAGGCUGCUAAAAUUAAGAAAAAACCCAUUAAACAACCUAAGUUACCAGAGGUUGUAAAAACUGAACUUGAAAAGCCUAGUUUUGGUCGGGAAGAUAUAGUAGAAGCCGUAAAGCAAAGCGUUCAAGAGGAGGAUGAUAUUUCUGUCGAGGAACCAAAAGAUGAGCAUGCUGAAUUCACUAUAAACAGGCGCCCGAGCGUCAAGAUACACGAAGAAAUUGUCGAUGAAGUUACAAUUAAAAAGAAAUUGAAACCAACAAGGAAGCCUUCCGUGACAUUGCCUGAAAUAACAGAACCAGAAACAGUUACAUUUAGGCCUAAAUCAACUAAAACAAAGGAAGACGUCGAACAAGAGUUCAAUAUCCAAUUAGAUUCAUACGCUGAGGAGGAAAUUUCUAUGUCAAGUAAAGUAAAAUUAAAGCCGCAAAGACAGCCAACCUUUAGCGAAGAAGCUGGAGAAGCUUCAAUCAAGUUCUACGAAGAAGAGGACGGCCCAGAUGUAGUUGAAAUAAUAGAAAGUGACGACGAAAAUGAGGAUGAAACAGCGAACGUAAUGAUGACAAUGAAAAAGAAGUCAAAGAAGCCCGUUACUGAAACUACAGAAGAUAUCAGCGUAACGAUGACUAAACCAAAGUCCAUUGAUAGAUCAGAAAUUAUAGAAGAUGUUAGCAUAACACUGGAAAGAAAACCCAAAUAUGUAAUUGAUGACCAGGAAGAAGUUACCUUUGACGUAAAACCGCAAGUAGAACAGUUUUCAACGGAAGAGCUGUCUUUGUCGAGUAAGAUAAAACUGAAACCAAAGAAAAAAGUGGUUGUGUCUGAAGCAGCUGACGAACAUUCCAUACAGCUAACUCAAGAAAUCGAAGAUGACAGUCAGGCAGAAGAAAUUAUACUUAGUGAUGUCGAAUCUGAAGAAAAUGUACAAAUGUUUAUCAAACGAAAACCUAAGAAACCAACAUAUGAAGUCAGCGACGUAGAAGAAUUGAGCGUCGAACUUAAGCCAAAAAGAAUGAAUGAAAUUGAAUUUGAGGAAGAACAGUUAACAAUUUUAGCUAAACGAAAGCCUAGGAAACCUUCGCAACUUCAAGAAGCAGAGGCCUCAAUGAAAAUUUCAAGGGAAAUCGAUUUCCCAGACACUCCACUCGAUGUACGAAGUGGCGACACUGUCUUUGCGGUAUACUCGUAUGUAGCAGAAACAGAUGAGGCUAUCAACCUUGUCGAAGGCGAACGUUUAUACAUACUGGAGACAACUAACCAGGACUGGUGGUUUGUCUGCAAACACCUCACUGAAGAGAAAGGUUUUGUUCCUGCGCAGUAUUUAAUGGAUGAAGAAAACUAUACUUUGUACCUGCAAAAGAAAUUAAAUGAGAAGAUUGACAAGCUGCCAGUAUUUGAAAAACCUACACCCGAGGAACAAGCUAUAGCUCCUAUAUUCGUAGAGAAAUUACGUCCAAAACACACUCCAGAUGGUUCAACUGUGCAAUUUGAAUGCCAAGUUGAAGGAUUUCCGAGACCACAGAUUACGUGGUUCAGACAAACGGCUAUCAUUAAACCAUCUCAAGAUUUCCAAAUGUACUAUGACGAUGACAAUGUCGCCACUCUGGUUAUUAGGGAAGUUUUCCCUGAAGAUGCAGGCACAUUUACCUGUGUGGCUAAAAACGCUGCAGGCUUUGCGUCGAGUACUACUGAACUCAUAGUAGAAGCUCCUCUCUCAGAUCAUGGAUCGGAAAUGACAAUUUUAUCCAGAAAAAGUCUAUCGAGGGAAUCGUCUUUGGCUGAUAUUUUAGAAGGUAUACCACCAACAUUCUCUAAGAAACCAAAGGCUCAAUAUGUCAAUGAAGGCUCACAGAUCUUCCUAGAAUGCAGACUGGUUGCUAUUCCAGAACCAGAUAUAGCAUGGUUCUUUAAAGGAGAAGAAAUUGUACCUGAUGAAAAUAUUUCUAUAGCUACUGAGUCCGACAUGCACAUGUACUGCAGUGUUCUAAAAAUAUCUAAUGUCAAGAAAUUGCAAGAAGGCACUUACACAGUACUAGCGGUAAAUAGAGAAGGUGAAGCCAGUCUGCCGAUCGUUCUUAAGAUAAAAACAGGUCAAAAAGAGAAACCGCAGGUUAUAGAACCAUUGAAAAGCUUAACAAUAAGAGAAGGUGAAAGUGUAGUUCUUUCUGCUCAAGUGGUUGGCAACCCUCAACCGACUGUAACGUGGCAUCGAAACAAUAAACCUAUACCGUCUUUGCCUACUAAAUCGGAUGGCGAGACUCACAAUGUAACAAUAAUUAAACCUCGAAAAGGAAAGGAUGAUGGCGUAUAUACACUCAAGGCUGUCAAUAGUGAAGGAACUGCUGAAACAAGCGCCGUUAUCACUAUUGAAGAACCAACAGAAGAGAACGCAGAGCCACCGUUAUUUAUUAACCGGUUCCAGGAAAUUACAGUCAAGGAAAAGGGUACUAUUAGACUUUCUGCUAAAGUCACUGGCAAUCCAGUUCCUUCGAUUACAUGGUAUAGAAAUAAUAAAAUCAUCACACCUUCGGAAACAGUAACUCAAAAAUUCGAUGGUGAGAAUAUUGAAUUAGUGAUCGCCAACGUAGAUUCCGAAAUAGACUCCGGAGAUUACAAAUGUGUAGCAUCAAACAGUGCUGGUAAAGCAUCACAUGGAGCACGGGUUACUAUUGACGUAGAAAAGGUCACGUUUGUGAAGAAGUUAAGAAAUACGUAUGAAACUGAAGAAGGAAAGACAAUAAUUUUAGAAUGCCAAACUUCUCAUACAGUGUCUACAAAAUGGUAUCAUAAUGAUAAAGAACUAACCGGAAUGGAUCAUAGAGAAAUAAUACAAGAGGGCCGUACCCAUAAAUUGCGUAUUAAAAAGACUAAGUUGACAGAUAAAGGUGUUAUUAAAUGCGUAGUAAAAGACCAAGAAACCAGUGCAAAACUUCAAGUACAUGAAACGAUUCCGGAAUUCACACGCAGGCUGCAAGAUUUUGAAGUAAAAGAGAAAGAUGUGGCUAUUUUAGAGGUUGAAAUAAAUUCGGAGACAGCAGAUGUUGUUUGGAAAAGAGAUGGUGAAAAAAUUAAGCAGAAGAAGAAUAAAUACGAACUAGAGAAGCGCGGGAAUGUCCGGAAGCUGCUUAUACGAAACACUUCAGUUCACGACGAAGGUGAAUAUACUUGCAUUCUUCGUGACGACAUGUGUACUGCGGAAGUAACAGUAGUAGAAUUACCGCCAGAAAUAAUUUCACGUCUCCAAGACCAAAAAGUUAACAAAGGAAACAAAGCCACAUUUGAAAUCGAGCUUACGAAAGGUGACGCCUUAGUGGAAUGGUUUAAAGAUGGAGAAGAGAUUCAGUUCUCUAACCACAUGCAGCUUACAAUUGAUGGUAAGAAACAGAAAUUAAAAAUAUACGAUUGUGACGACGAUGAUGCGGGGGAAUAUGCUUGCGAAGUCGGAAGUGAUAGAUGCUCUGCUAAACUUGUUGUUGAAGAACCUUCGGUAGACUUUACUCUACGUCUUCCGGAUGUGAUCACAGUUCCUGCAAACACUGACGCUUAUUUGACAGUUGAAAUACCGGAUGAAAAUUACGAGGUCACCUGGUAUAAAAAGAAAACCAUCAUAGAAGAUACAGAAAAGUUUACCCUAAUAUCCGAUGUUAAAAAACGUACUCUCAUAAUUAGGAAGUGUACUGAAGAAGAUCAAACCGAAUAUACUGUGUCUCUACUUGACGCAAAAUGUUCCACCAAAUUAAAAGUUGAAGUCAUCGAAUCUCCACCUAAAAUCCUUAACUUCGAGAGUGAAUACAAAAUAAAGAGGGGUGGCGAUGUAACCCUUUUAGUUCAGUAUGAAGCGCUACCACAACCGGUCGAUGAAUGGGUGGUCAAUUCUAAGAUAAUUAAGAAAACGAAGCAUACAAAACCAUCCAUUGAUUCUGAAAGUGCCAGUCUUACAAUCAAAAAAGUUGAGAAUACUGAUGCUGGAACAUACAAACUACGUCUUGUUAACAACUGCGGUGAAGCCGAAGUCGAAAUAAACGUAGUUGUAAUGGAUAUUUCGUCGCCGCCAGGAAAACCCACACCAUUAGAAACAGAUGAUACAUCAAUAAACAUCUGUUGGAAUGAGCCGGAAAAUAAUGGAAACUCCGUAAUAAUAUGUUACAUAGUUGAGUUCCAGGAGAUAAAUACCACGGAGUGGACAUCCAUUGAAAAUAUCACAAAAACUCAAUAUUCUGUAGAUAACCUAAAGACUAAAUCAUCAUAUAGGUUUAGGAUAUUUGCAGUAAACGAAGUAGGCGUUAGCGAAGCUUCAGAUAUAUCAGAAUAUGUAGUGGUUCAAGAGGUGACCAAGAAACAACCACCUUCUGUCGAGAAACCACUAAAGGAUAUUAUUAUAGGACCUAAUGAAGAUGUAGAAUUAUCGUGUAUUUUCGGUGGCAUUCCACAGCCUAAGGUUGCAUGGUCUAAGGAUGGUAAAAAGCUUAAAACUGCUAAAGCUAGUUAUGACAACAGAGUAGCGACUCUUGUUGUCACUUCCACAGCAACUUCAGAAGGGCAGUACAAAUGUACCGCUUCUAACGAACUUGGUGAAGUAGAAACAACGUGUAUGCUAGACAUUCAACAAAAACCAAUCAUAAUUGUACCCGAAAAAGAAAUAAACCAAAGGCAUAAAGUAGAUGAAGAAUGGUCUGUAACUGCUACUUUCGAAGGUAUACCAAAGCCUAAUAUAAUAUGGUAUAGAAACGGAAUCAGAAUAGAAAGCACCAAAGAGUUGGAAAUAAUUACAACAGAGACAACGAGCACUAUAAGGAUACGUAAACUAGAUCGAUCAUAUUCAAGCAAAUAUACUGUGGAAGCAGAAAACAAAGCGGGUAGUAAUUCAGUAGAACUAUCGCUUAAAGUUUACGACAAACCUAGCAAGCCCAAGGGUCCAGUGAUCAUGCGAGAGAUUAGUCGCGAGUCUGUAACUAUUGAAUGGAAGCCUCCCGUCGAUGACGGUGGUUUAGAACUGACUAAAUAUGCCAUUGAAAAACAUGAGCCGGACACAAACGAGUGGGUGAAGGUGGCAGACGUCGAUAAGACCGUAGAAACAUACUGCAUACAGCGACUGAACGAGAACUGCGAGUAUAUGUUCCGAGUGAUGGCCCAGAACCCGAUUGGAUACUCUGAAGCAUUAGAGAGCGAGCCUAUAGUCAUCAAACACGCUUUAGAUGUACCAUCACCACCUUUGGGACCGCUCGGCAUCUAUGGCAUCAGCAGUGAUUCUCUGACGAUAACCUGGUACCCGUCUGAGAAGAACGGCGGCUCUCCAAUCCUCGACUACAGCGUGGAAAUCAAGCAAGAAGGCAUGAAGUGGAAGCACGUCGCUACAGUGACUAAAACGACGACCAAAAUUGAAAAGUUGGCCGUCAAUGUCACUUAUGAGUUUAGAAUAUGCGCUAGAAACGAGAUUGGUAGCAGCCUACCAUACACAUCAGAUGAGAGAGUGACGAUAGGACAGACGCGUUCCCCGCCGUCCCAGCCGCUAAAGUUCGUGAUCAAGGACGCCACGUCGAGGUCUGUCACACUACAAUGGGCUGCGCCGGAAAGCGACGGUGGAAGCGCCAUAACCAAUUACAUAAUAGAAUACAAGACUGUGAAAGGUAGCUCAUGGAGAAAGGUUAUAACCGUUGGUGGCUCGGUGUACGAGCACUGCAUAGAGAACAUCAAGGACAAGGAGAUUGUGUUCAGGAUAUCGGCUGAGAAUGCAAUCGGAGUGGGUCCGCCUACUGAGUCACAGAUGGUGCACUUGGAGAAGCAUGCAACUGUGCCAUCGCCGCCGACAGCGCCGCUAGAGAUCAGAACGGUCGGCAGCAACAUCGUGAUGACGUCAUGGGGCACGCCCGAAUGGGACGGAGGUGCACCCCUGCAGGGUUACAACAUCGCCAUCCGUGACGUUACCAAGACUAUGUGGAUGGAGGUCGGCAAAGUCGACGCGAAUACGCUUAAGUUCAACAUCAGGGACUUGAGCGAGGACCAUACGUAUAUGAUCAGGAUAUACGCGAGAAACGAGAUAGGGCUCAGUGAGCCACUCGAAUCUGACGAGCCAUUCAAGGUCCUACCUGGAGAAGGAGAAUCACACGGAGACGAGGAGCUAGGCGAGCACACAGAAGCAACCGAGCCCACGUCAUUCAGCACCCAGACCACGACCUCAUGGAUGCGCGAACACAACAUGGACGCCGACAUCCGCUCCUACGCACGCGGCUCUCUGCUCCGCCGCGACGAGUACUUCUUCAGAAUAUGGCACUACGCCAAACAGCUCUUCAAGUGACACCAACACGGCACCAAACCAGCACCUGUGAUAUUUAAAACGACAUAGUUCGCGGAUAGUAGAAGCGUCCAUCAUUUUAUAAUUUUAUAACAGUUUUUGUAGCAAUACAUAAUUUAUUUUAGAUACGUAAGGUUAAAUUAUUUAUUUAUUUUAAUUUAUUGCUUGACACGGUUCGAGUCGCAUCCGAUGCCGUUGGGAGACGUGUUAAAUAUAGGUGCAAAAUAUUUAUUCGAUAAAUCGAAUGAGGCUCGAAUUUACGUCAGGUUUUAUUUGAAAUUGAAAAUUAUUUAUUUAUUAUAUAAGUGCAAUUAUGAA